AUGCAUCUACUGAUAUGUCUAGGCAGGCUUCUUCCAUGGCCUGGUGGUGAGCACGGAUAUAAGGUUCUCGGUCAUACACUUUCCACCGCCAUGGCAAAAAAAACUCCUCUAUCGGGUUUAGAAAGGGAGAGUAUGCAGGCAGAAAGAUACUACUUUGUCGAUCCCCUGGGCUUCUACCACGAGCAAACCAGGAGCGAUCGUGAUGAGUAUGUCAAGAUCAACUGGGAGAACAUGUCUCCUGAUAUGGCCUACAACUUCCAGAAACAAAACACCAACAACCAAAAGACUCCAUACGACUACGGCUCCAUCAUGCACUAUGGAAGAACAGCCUUCUCCAUCCAGCCCGGGCUGGAAACCAUCACUCCCAUUCCUGAUGAGACGGUGGAAAUUGGACAGAGGCAGGGAAUGUCCAACACCGACAUCUUGAGGAUCAACAAGCUGUAUGGAUGUUGA